AUGGAUGACACUGACUUGUCGAGAAGUCCAGAGUCGGAGAUCCCGACCUCACCCAUCUCGCCCGUAUUCUCCCGUGGGGGUCAUAUCACCGACAAAGAGCUUAUACUCCGAUUCAAGCUGGUCGAUGCACAGCGACAUCGUGGAAAGAUCACUCAAUCACGCUAUGAAGCUAAGUGUCAGGCUUUGCUACGAUUGUCUAGCAAUGAGGAGCUUCUGACGCGUGUUCAUAUACACGAUGCAAGCCUCGCUCAAGGCAAGAUCGACCAGGUGGGCUACGACAAGCGGUUGCGCUUCUUGAUUGACAGACUCAGCGAGCCAGGCUCGCUCGCGGAAGAUGAUGAACAACACGAAAUGGAUCUCAAAGUUGAAGAGGCUCUCGAUAAGAAGAGUCGCCGACUCUACGACGACCCUCGACUGCCGAAAGACUCUGCCAAGUCCUCAUCUCCUGAGCAGAGAAGUCCCGAAGAAGAAAAGUUCUUCGCAUCCGACGCUGAGCAAGGAUGGACGUUCAAAAGUGACCGAGCAACACGCACUCGGUCGGCUGAAUCGGGUCUGCCACAACCAAAGGCAUAUGCAUCCGAAGACAGCGGUGCAUCACUAUACGGCGGCUAUGAUGCUCAGUACUCCUACGGCAGUUCCCCAGCAAGUCACAGCUAUGGCUCGGACGUCGAUCCACCUGAUGAUGAUGAUGGCUGGCGGGUGAAUAUUGCCUCCAUGGAACCCAGAGGAGAUGUGGAGCGUCCCGUCCGCGCCGCUACAAGCCGGUAG